UCUUGAUUCACUGCAAUUCCUGUCACUAGUUAAAAUGAUUGGCUAUCAUUAGUGACGCAGAGAAGGAUACAGAAGGAUGGUAUAAAUUGUGGGGAAUUACCACUUCCAUCUGGAGAGCAGCAGAAGUGUGAAGAAAACCGGACAAAUCCAGAAUCUUCAGUCUAACUGAAUCUUUACUUGGGACGCAGCAUGACACAACAAGUGGAUAAAAGGUGUUUGCACUAUCAGGUACUUGGAUUGAUGGUGGUGUUAGCCGUCUUCUCUGGACUUGGAGACACUAAGGAGAAGUCAGAGGAUGUGCUCCUAUACAACACAACACUCAGAAGUGGAGAAGAACCGCGAGUGCUGGCUAUUCUAAGGCCCUGCGGUCCAGAACACAAAGGAUUCUGUUUCAAUGGUGCCUGUUCCUACUCCUCUGACCUGGAGACCCCCAUUUGUCGGUGUGACAAAAUGUUUAGCGGUGAGCGAUGUGAACAUGCUAUUUUGGACAACCGAAGUUCGUCUAGUCCUGAAGAAGUCAUUGGAAUUAGCUGUGGUGCAGUUUUAUUACUGGGAAGCGUCAUUGCAGUGAUGUACUGCUGCGUAAAGAAAAGGUGUCAGAAGUCAUCAACACCCUACAAGAACUGUGGCUCUGAGAACUUAGUUUAGGUUAUCUGCCCAGAUAUAAUUUAUGCUCUUAAAUAGUGUUUUUAAACUGGAAGGAGGACUAAACAUCGAGACUGACUCUACAAGCAAGACAGGCCAGACUGUGGAGCACACACAACACCCUCUAGAGGACAGAGAAUUGCAAAGAAACACUGUGACAUUUCACCAUCUCACAUUGGGAAAAUACAUGUUUUCAACAGAAUAGUUUUAUAUUUAUUAAAAGUUUCUGCUACUUAGUCCUUGUGAUUAUACUACAACUUUGGCACUGUAAUGUAAAAAUAAUUGACUAUCAUUGAAAAACUGCAUGUAGAACUAUCAAUCAGAUGGAAUUUUAUCCAUAAGCAUAUGUCAUUUGCUGCUUCUGUUAUGAAUGUAUUAUUUAAGUACACAUAGGUAUUUAUUGCACAUGAUAAAACUAAAUAUAAAAUUUAAACUUUGCUAAUGUAUUUAUAACAGAUAUUUAUUUAUUGAGAAAUUUGUAUAAAAUAUGCACUUCAAAUAAAAAAAAUAAAUACAAAA